AUGUGCUUGUCUUCUGAGACUCCAGCAUUUCGCCUGCAAAAACAGAGUUUGCAGCCGUGUUUGCAGGCUGGCAAUAAAAAGGCACAGGCGCUGGCCUUGUACCUUGCCAUCCAUGUCAAGGUCUAUCAGGAAGAUCGUGUGGCCAUCGAAAAACUUCCAACUUCUCUGAAAGAAGUUGCUAUGCUCUACCAUGAGGCUGGCGAUUUCAGGGAGCAGGAAGAUGUCAUGAAGGACAUCCUGGAGUUUCAUUUGGCAAACUCCCAGCGAGAAGCCGCUGCGGCCACAGAGCAGGAGAUUCGUGAUCGUGUUCGAACGAACAAGAAGGAGGAGGCGCCUUGCCUUCUCCGCGUGGCCUCUGUUUUCUAUGCUAUGGGUGCCAUGGAGGGCGCUAGGACACUGGUUGAAGAGGCAGUUGCUUCAUUCACAAGCUUGGCAGAUCAGGCUGGGCAAGUGAAAGCACUGCGGUCGCUGGCCGUGCUGUACUUGGCGCAGCAGAAGUUUGACGACGCGCUGGGAGCUCUGCAGAAAGCUCUUCUGGGCAGCAAUGUUGAGAAGGCCAACAUUUGUUACGCCCAGUCUCAGAUCUAUGCUGCAAUGGGUGGCAGCAAAGGCCUUGGCAGUGCCAUUGAGUCGUUGAAAGAAGCAAGGAAGUUCAUGGCAGAUGCCAAGAACCAGGACGGCGAGCUCGAAUGCUUGCAGAUCAUCAGUGAGUUGCAGUUGAGCUCGCAAAAGGGCGACCUUGCCGUGGCCACUGGACAAGAAGCCUUGGCCGUGACGCAGGCCAGCGGGAACAAAUCGAAAGAGGCAGCGGCCUUGCUGCGGCUGGUCUCUGCCAGUUUGUCAUCUCAGAAUGAAGGUGAAGCAUUGAAGUAUGCAGAGAUGGCCGAGAUGAAGGCAAAGGAGGCGGAUGACAUUGAAAAGGAGGCCCAAGCAACCUACAACGUCGCAGAGAUUCUCUUGCGCAGGGGGGAUAAGUCUGGAGCAAUCAAAAGGUCCAAGGAGCAGCUCGCUCGGUGCGUUGAAAGGAAACAUUCAGCUGGACAAGCCAGUGCUAUGGUGGUUCUGGGCCAAGCCUUGCUGGCUGAGAAUCAAGCUAGCGCGGAAGGUAUGCGCUAUUUGCAGGCUGCCUUGGGUAUUUACAAGGACUCAGACGACUUUGUUGGAUCGUAUUCUGCCCACUUUGCCUUGGCGAAUGGCUACUUCUCCCGCGGUGAUUUGGAAGAUGGAUUGUCUCAUGCGCGUGAGGUGCUGAGCUGCUGUCGGCGGAGUGGUGACAAGGUGAACGAGGAGCUUGUGAAGGCAAACAUUGAGCGGGCGCGACAGAUGACGGCUGAGCUGAGGAUGACAACACCAAAGAGGCCGAGUAUCGAGAAUUCAGGUAUUCUUUUGUCGCCCGCCGGGCCUCAAGCAUGCCAUCUUAGACACAGCCGUGUCCCCGGCUCUUUGCUGGAUAUUGUCGCCUCUGGCCGAAAUUACUGGGGCACACCAAGGAUGGUGGUAGAUGCUGCGGCCGAAGCAGAUGAAAGACCUCCGGCCCACUGUGUGGUCUUUGGAACUGCUUUGUCAGACAACUCUGCCACACAGAUGUGCCUAGAGCUGAUGGAUCUUAUUGGUGCCAUGGCAAAGGGCGAUAUCCCAAAGGUUCCCGUGGUUGUACAGACGAGAGGCGUUUUUGGACGUUUGUGCGGUGACAUGACCUACGGUAGCAUGACGAGCGUUGCUGCGGUGACACUUUGGGGCUUGAUCCGCACUGCGCGGUUGGAGAUGCCAAAGGUACCAAUCUUGACGUUGGACUUUCAACCAACCAUGACCGUUGCCCAGAUCACCAGGCAGCUGAAGCCACCAAUGGGCGUUGCUGAGACGGCUUAUUACAAUAAAAGCAGAUGGGAGCCACAGCUUGCCGCAGUUCCGUCGCUCCUCCGCAGAGAUUUAAAGCGUGAUAGCUUGAGCGGUGGAGGAGCUAUCCCUCCAGGAGAGGAAAGAAAGGCCAAAGCAGAGUCAGCAACGGCCACGAAGUUCAGUCGAAAAGCCUUCACUUGGACUGGUCCGAGCAACAAGAUGGACUACUGCUGGUAUCGACAGGAAUGGAAAAAUGUCGGACCCGCAGAAGGAGAGAUCAUCGCACGGGAUCCUUUGAUUCCUGUUCGUUCGCUUCGACAAUACUGA